AUAACUAAAAGUGGUUUCAAUUCGAGUGGAGGUUUCAAGAAAAAUGGUCCAAAUAUCAAGAUUUUUACUUCAAGGGCUGAUUGUUAUUCAAACUGCUAUCAUCACAUUUUUUCUAACAUCGGAUGAAAUAAACAAUGUGGAAAUAAAAAUCAUAUACAAAAACAACAGUGACAUGAUCAGUGAACAUAUUAAAGCAAAUGAUGUCCCUCAACCAGAAUUUAAAACAGAACUUAAAAAAGAACUUAAAACUAAAACAUUAAAAUAUUGGCAAAUUUGUAUUAAUAAAUGGAAUGUAAUGGGAAAUUUGCGUUCGAUGGAUCGAAUUUUUGAGCGAUUGGGCUACGAGUUUGUCAAUGCUUCACAAGGAGAUGAUUGGGAUUUCCUUUGGAGUGUUGAAUUUCCCUUUCAAAAGAAUGUAGCGAAAGAGUUUGAUCCAAUAUUCAUGGAACUUAAGCCACAUCAAAGAAUCAAUCAUUUUCCAGGAGCAUUUUCAAUAACAAACAAAGUUUAUAUGACGACACACAACGAAAAAUUGAGUUUCGUUCUUCCAUCUUUCUGGUUGGAGAGUAUGUGGGAUAAGUUUAAAGCCUACGUGGAAAAAAAUCCUACGAAACAAAUGAUUACAAAGAACAUGUCCAAUCGUGGUGUUCGUAUGAUUGAUCCUAAAGAUGUUAAAAAUAAUUCUGAAAUUAAAUUUGUCCAAGAAUUCAUGAGUAAACCAUUGUUGAUUGAUGAACGGAUGUUUGAUAUUGGUGUGUAUGUUGUGAUAACUUCAAUCGAUCCUUUGAGAGUUUAUCGUUACAACAAUGAUGUUUUGAUGAGGUUCUGUCCAGAACCCUUUUAUCCUUUCGAUCCUAAGAAUAGAAUGAAGUUUGUAAUUGAUGAUACUCAUUUAGAUUUCUUAGAUGCACCUUCAAUCAGAAAAUAUUGUGACAAAUACGAGUUCUCUGCAAAGCUAGCGUUUGAAGCUAUUCUUGAAGAAAAAGGAUUUAGCGUAGAAGAUUUUUGGAAAAGCAUUGAGGAUGCAAUCGUGACUUUGUUGCUAAGCAGUGAGAAAAUUUUCCUUAGAGAAAUAAAAAAAUAUGGCUCGAAGCGCAAUUACUUUGAGCUUGUCAGAUAUGACUUUAUUCUCGAUGAAAACUUAAAAUUGUAUCUCAUGGAAGUUAACCAAAGUCCGAGUAUGACUCCAAUGAAUGAAAAAUAUGAAAGUUAUACCCUUAUGUAUCAGCAAAUAGUUUAUAACACUGUGAAACUUGUUGGAAUUGGAAGUAAUAUGGAUUUAAUGUCGAGAUAUAACAAACAAUCAAGUGACAUGAUAUCAAAUUACAAAAAUAUAGCUGUCGAUGCUAAACAAUGCGUAAAGAACGAUUGUAAAAACAAAUGUGAAGCGAAAGGAUGUGAAACUUGUUUGCCUUGUGUAGCUCAAGAAGAUCUCCAGCAAAUGCAUCAAUCGUUCCAGGAACAUAACAAUCGAGGAGGCUUUACGAGAAUUUUUCCGAAUACUGAAAAUUUACCAACGACAGACCAAUUUCAAUUAUCAGAACGUAAUAAAAUUUUGAAGAAAUGGUUUAUUUCAAAGUGUAAGGAAAAUAAAAAUUGGUGCACUAAGUAAAAUCGAAGAUGAUUGUAAUUCAAGCAGUAAAUUGUUCAAUGUUUUAUAUUUUUCUAUGUUUUAGAAACAACUGCAAAAUUGUUAAAAAUUAUUA